UUUAUCGACCAAUUAAAGCAGACGAAUCAGAAAAACUGACUGAUCACCUCGAGAAGUACUGGAAUCGAGAGCUCGACAAACUGAAGAACCCAGAAUACGUCAUGAGCAAAGACGGCUGGAGAGUGCCGUUGAAAAAUAACGUCCGUCCGAGAUUAUACAAAGCUAUCUGUAACGCCUUUUGGUUGCCAUAUUUCAUAAUCGGAAUCUACUCAUUUAUUCAGUGCAGCGUAAUACGCGUAGGAGUACCGAUCUUUCAAGGUUGGAUCAUCAACUACUUCGCUAAAGUUUCCAUCACGAAGAACAAGACAAAAAUAAACGACGUGCUACUCUACGUUGUCAUCAUGAUCAUCUGCAAUGUCAUCUCUAUUUUAUUGAUGCACCAUGCGAUAAUGCUGUCGCUGCAGAUCGGCAUGAGGAUACGCAUCGCCUGCAGCUCCCUCCUGUACCGGAAGUUAUUACGGUUGAACAGAGCGUCUUUGAAUCAAAUCGGUACCGGACAGAUCAUGAAUCUCCUCAGCAAUGACGUCACCCGUUUCGAUCUAUUAAUGAAGCACUUGAAUUUUAUAUGGAUCAUGCCUAUUCAGACGAUGAUCAUAGGAACCAUAAUGUGGCAAAAGAUCGGUCUUUCGACUCUUGCCGGUAUCGGACCGAUGUUAAUCAUUCCCGUAAUAGUACAAGGAAGCUUCAGUUUACUGAGCCGCAAAAUCAGAGCCAUGAUCGCGCCAUUGGUCGACCGAAGAGUGCAGCUGAUGAGCGAACUCGUAGCUGGGAUACAGGUAAUAAAGAUGUAUGCCUGGGAGAAAUCAUUCAGCAAGAUUGUGUCGAUGAUCAGAGGGAUGGAAAUCAAAAAGAUCAAACUUUCAUCAUAUGUGCACGCCGCGAAUUUGGCCAUACUAUUUUUCAUCGACCGACUGAGCCUCUACUUCACUCUAAUAAUGUUCGUCCUAACGGGGAAUGCUCUAACUGCCGAUGUGACUUACGAAAUCUUAACAUACAUCGACAUACUUCACUUCUCCUCCACGUUGUUCUUUCCGCAUGCGCUGGUAAUACUGGGCGAAACGAUCGUGUCUUUGAAUCGAUUGGAGGACUUUCUGCUGAUGGACGAAGUAAAUAUGAGACAAUUGGAAAAGACGCCGCAAUUACAGUCUAAAUCUCAGAAACCAAACGAAGACACAACUAAUGAGGAGAAACAAACGGACAAGUACACCUCGGAAAAUGAAAGUAUUGAGCUUUCCGAGUCUCAGGGAUUAUUUACCCUUCCGGUCCGCGUGGAGCUUCAGCGCGUUUGCGCCAAUUGGGUCAGUGGCCAAUUGCCACCGACUUUGUUCAACAUUAAUCUGACCAUCAAGCCAGGUCAGUUAUGCGCUAUGGUCGGCGCCGUGGGCUCCGGCAAAUCGUCCGUGCUACAUCUGCUGCUAAAGGAGCUGGAUCCUGGCGCCGGUUCCGUGAUCCUCACCCCAGGCUCCUCCAAAUAUAACUGUGAAGGCAACUUGUCCAAUGAUUACUCUACGAGCAAACCGAAUUUGCGCAUCUCUUAUGCUAGUCAAGAACCCUGGCUCUUCGGUGAUACUGUGAGAGAAAAUAUAUUGUUUGGCCAGCCUUACGACAAGGCCAGAUACAAGCAGGUAGCUAAUGUGUGCGCUUUAACGAAGGAUUUUCGGCAGUUUCCACAAGGAGACAUGACGUUGGUGGGCGAUAGGGGUGUGUCAUUAUCUGGAGGUCAAAGAGCCCGAAUCAAUCUCGCGAGAGCAGUUUAUAGGCAGGCAGAUAUUUAUUUGCUGGACGAUCCUUUAAGUGCGGUUGAUACUCACGUCGCAAGGCAUCUCUACUGGAAGUGCAUUACCGAGUAUCUCCAUGGCAAGACAAGAAUACUCGUCACUCAUCAGUUGCAAUUUCUUAAACAAGCGGAUCACAUCGUCGUGUUGGAUCGAGGUUUUGUAAAGAUGCAAGGAAGCUAUAACGCAUUAGUACAGUCAAAUACUGAUUUCAUUAGAAUGAUGGACAAUUUGAGUCAUGAAAAAAUUGAAGCGCAAAAAAAGGAAAAGGAAUUAAGAAGAACCUCGCAAAUGUCUUUGGGGAAAAUCACAACGAGACGAAACUCGGAAACAUCGAUUGCAAGUUCUACUUACUCGGACAUUGAUAAUUCAGAUUAUGUGGAAAAUAGGCCGGAAGCUGAGAUGACAGCACACGGCCGAAUGUCUGGCAGGGUAUAUAAAGAGUAUAUGUAUUAUGGCGGCAAUUACUUCACCCUCUUUAUGCUGCUGCUGAUAUUUAUUAUCAGUCAGGUUGCUAUUACCGGUAAUGAUUAUUGGAUUUCAUACUGGACCACCUUGGAGGAUGUCAGGCGUAUUGAAAACACAAGUGACGCCAAACGGUUCGCGCACAUGUACAACGACAGCUUCCUUGGAUCCAUCUUUACGUUAAAUUCGAACGGCCUGCUCAGCACUGCGGAUGCCAUAUAUGUAUAUACAUUCUCCAUCAUUGUCUGCACUACCACCACGCUGUUCCGAUGCUUCUUCUUCAUGAUGGUCUGCAUGAACUCAAGUCGCAAUCUUCACAACACCAUGUUUUCCAAUCUGUUGCAGGCGUGCAUGUCUUUUUUCCACACCAAUCCUUCCGGGAGAAUUUUAAACAGAUUUUCAAAGGAAGUGGGCAUCUUAGACGAAUUGUUGCCUAAAACUAUGUUAGAAGCAAUCCAGAUAUUUUUUAUUGUUUGCGGUGUAAUGAUUAUAGAGGUGAUAAUUAAUCAAUGGAUGCUGAUAAUAAUAGUAAUUCUGAUUGUCUUACUUUUCUUUGCAACGAAGUUCUACCUAAAAGUCGUUCAGGACGUCAAACGUCUCGAAGGUGUAAUGAAAAGCCCAAUAUUCUCGCACGUGAACGAGACGCUAAACGGUCUGCCGACGAUCAGAAGCAGCGGAAAUGAAAUCGCGAAGAUGAUGCGAAAACAGUUCGAUGUGUUGCAAGAUCAUCACAGCGGCACGUGGUACCUCUUUCUAACAUGUUCAGCGGCCUUCUCUAUCUUUGGAGACCUAAUCAUGUGCUUGUUCCUUGCCUGCCUUUGCUUCUUUCUAAUAUUUAUAAAUAAAAAUGAUAGCAUAGAUGGUAACAAAUCGGGUCUAGCUAUAUCGCAAUCGUUGCUCCUCCUCGGUUCCUUGCAGUACGGCAUAAGAGUGUCCGUUGAGGCGAUGACGCUAAUGACCUCCGUGGAAAGGAUUCUCCAGUAUACGAAUCUUCCAAAGGAAGAACCCGUUAUCUCGGACAAUCCACCGCCGCCCACGUGGCCGUCCCAAGGACAAUUGAUAUUAAAGAACGUCAAUAUGAAGUAUCGCAAAGAUGAUCCACUGGUUUUGAAGAAUCUGAACGUAUCCAUUGAGCCUGGUUGGAAAAUUGGCAUAGUGGGACGAACUGGAGCCGGCAAGUCUUCCUUGAUUUUGGCGCUCUUCCGCCUGUUUAAUGAAUAUUUAGAGGGCGAGAUCAAGAUCGACGAUCGAGACACAAGCACGGUGGGCUUGAGCGAGUUGCGCUCCAAGAUCUCCAUUAUACCGCAGGAACCGGUGCUCUUUUCCGGGAGUCUGCGUUAUAAUCUGGAUCCGUUUAAUCAAUACGACGAUGUGAAGCUGUGGGAGGUGUUGCGGCAGGUUGUAUUAAACAACGUCACACUGGAUCACGAUAUCUUGUAUGGUGGCCGCAACUUCAGCGUUGGCCAGAGACAGCUCAUAUGCCUGGCUAGGGCCAUUCUACAGAAUAAUCGCCUGCUCGUUCUCGAUGAGGCCACGGCCAACAUUGAUUCGCA